GCGGGGAGCGGGCCGGGGGUGCUGCUCCGGGGAGAGGGAGAGGCGCUGCCCGGGCGGCCCCUGGCAGCGGCGGGUCGCUGCUCCUCGCCCGGGUGGGGCCCGUUUGCCGGUGCGCCCUGCGGCGGGAGCCCCGGCCCGGCCGUGCCCCGGCGGAGCGGGGGAGGGGGCUGUGUGUGAGCUGCCGGGGGUGCCUCGGUGGGAAGGGGACCGCGCUCUGCCUCCAAAGGCGGGAGCCAUCUUCUCCGGUAUCUGCAGUCUCCGCAACGGGAGCGGCCGGUGCGGUGGGUUACGGGGUUGUGUUUGUGCUAAAUAAUGUUGGGUGAAUUUCCGGCAAAUAAAAGUUUCGUUUCCCUACUGCGUGUUGAAACAUCAUGCCGGCUGCCAGCAAUGUGUUGGCAUCAGAAAUACUAGAGUGUAGUAGUUGGUGUGCACUUUCGAUAGUUGGUGUGUUGAGUAUAUGACAAUAUAAAUUACCUGAAAAUACCUAGAAUCCCUUCUUCCUUAUGCAGUUCUUUGAUUGCAAGUGUUGCGUAAUGGUGUGGAUUUUAAAAAACAUUUCUAACUUGCUAUUUAAAUUGUCAGUGUAUGAGGGAAAAGAAUUAUAAGUUAACGUGAAUUUAAAGUAAAAAAAACCUUUAAGGUUUAAAAGAAUUUGAAAGUUAGAGAAGCUAAUUAUGCCAUUGUAAUGACCAAUAUUAAAAUUGUCAGUUUGACAAAUUAGUAAUGAUAGUGUAAGCAUUUUGGUAGAUGGGUCAUAUCUUCCUCGGUGGCUUGUGACAAUACACUUAGCGCUCUGCUAAACAAAAUCUAAAAGUUUGUAGAAUUCACCAAAGGCCCUUAAACCCAUGCCACCGUGCCCUUCUGAGGCAGCUUCGCUGCGGGGAGGCCAGGACAGUGCAUCCUGCCCCAACGCUCCAGGUUAUCCGGUUAAUAUCCCCUUGAGCGAUUUUUCUCGCCUUGUGUGAGGGGUGAAACUAUGGUUUGGAUGGGGCUUUGCCUGGAACCCAUGCUGAUAGCAAGCUUUUUUGCUUGUGAAUUUGGGAUCUGAAAAUUGGACUCUGUUACAAAGUUCUUUUUUUUGCCUCUUGGGUGAAUCAAGAGAGGUCAGGAGGUGGAACUAUGUCACUCUUACCUAUUUUAACUCAAUAAAAAAAAGAAGGGGAAGGUUUUCUCUUAGGAAGAGUUUAUGAUACAUCCAGAUGACAGGUUUUUUUAACCCCACUUACUUAUCAGAUCUGUGCAGAAAUCGUGACUUUUUUUUGAUCAACAGGGAGGGUUUCAGUGCUCAAGGAGCCCCUUUUGGACAGCGCUCGGCUCCAGAAGCUCUCUCUGUAGCUUCUGGUCCAGACUGCAUUGUUAGCACCUGGGGAAGCUGCAUUGGAGACUUUGCUUUGUCCGUGGGGCCCAGUUUCUUGCACUUACCUUGGCGCCAGUUUUUGCUUAAGGAGUUCCACCUCUAAAGGUGUCACUGUGUUGAUGCCGCUUUGGGUAGCGUGGAUCCCAAAACACCUUUCAGGUGCCUGCAGUUACUAACAGUGGAUGUUUUGUAGCCAAAUAAUGUUUUCUGUGACUGUAGUGUUGCCGUCUACCAAGUUGCAUAUGUCUAAACGGUUGCAAGGCAUUGCUGCACAUUGGUGAGAAUUGCCCUGUUCCACAGCAAAGAGGUGCGCAGGGUAGUUUUGGUGGUACAGUGGUUCCUUGGGAUGGCUAUGAAUGGAAAUAAAUGUUGGCCACACUGGGACACUUGCACAGUUUGUCUCUAGGUGGGUUUUGCUCUCGGUAGUGGGCGUGCAGUAGGCUGCUGUCCCGUCAGGCACGGCGUGCAUAGACCUGCGGUAACCAGCUGAGUGUCUGCAAUUUGCCAAGACCACAAUGAAUGUGGAACAUGAAAUUAGCCUCUUAGUUGAGGAGAUUCGGCGGUUGGGAACCAAAAAUGCUGAUGGACAAGUGAGUGUGAAAUUUGGCGUGCUCUUUGCUGAUGAAAAGUGUGCCAACCUCUUUGAAGCCCUAGUGGGAACUCUUAAGGCUGCAAAACGGCGGAAGAUUGUCACUUACCAAGGGGAACUACUUUUACAAGGUGUUCAUGACAACAUUGAUAUCGUGCUGCUACAGGACUGAUGAAGUGUUUCAGCUAUGCAUUAAUGGAAUUGUUUGAGACAGUGACUUGAAACAUCCUCUCAAUAAGGCUGAUCAUUCUAAGGUGUUUUGAUGUAUUUUCUAUAUCUUUAUAGUCAAAAGGAAACUGUACUAUUUUGGAAAACAUUCCCUUUUGUAAUUCAUCUGAAAAUGGUACUGUAUGUGAACAAGAUAAAAGAUGCCAGAUCUCUCUCUCUUUUUUUUUUUUUUUUUUUUUUUAAAAAAAAAAAAUCUCAGGUAACGCUCUUAAAUGUCUGGUGGUUAUUUUCAACAUAUGAAGAAGGGGACUGGGAACUUAAUGUUUACAAAUCAAAAUGUGCCAUGACAGUAUAAAAUAAAAGCACAUACUUAAAUUUA